AUGGCACGGACCGAGCCCAGAAGGUACAAGCCUCGUGAAACGACCCAUAGCUUGCUUUCCUGCCACCUUCUCAACUCUUCCCGGUCGAUUGUCAUCUCGGGCACGUACGUCGACAUGAUCAGCAAGCGCCGCUGGACGUGCACUCUGCUAUGCAGCUGCCUUUUCAUCGUCGCAGCCUUGGUCGCCCAACGCGCCGAGGCGGUACGGGAGCACGACUUCAAAAAGUGUCGCGACUCGUCCUUCUGUCGAAGGAUACGAAGGCAAUCGGACUACGUCGAGCAAUGGCAGAAAGACCACAACCAGCGCUUCACUUCGCCUUAUUUUGUCCCGGACCACGCGCCCACCUUUGUGCACACCAAUGCCAGCAUCACCUUGCCCUUGUCCUCUGCGCUCCAUCCUGACAUCCAGUUCGAGCUCUCCCUCACCUUUUUCAAGGAUGGCACUGCUCGCGUCCGCGCAGACCAGGUAGGCGACCGAUAUGGCGGCUGGAAGCGCUACGAUGAGGCGGCAGUUUGGGCGAUCGAACAGCUUCCCGAGCUGGCCUCAGACCCUUCCGACACCCGCGUGCAGACCAACACGCACGGUUUCCAGCUCGACUUUGGCCCACAGCUCUCGCGCUCCCUCAAGCUCUCCUACUCCCCCCUCAAGCUCGAGAUUCUGCGCGACGGUGAGACGCAAGUCGUUCUCAACGAUCGUGGACUCUUGCACAUGGAACACUAUCGACAGAAGCCCGAGCCUUUCCCCACAGUCAAGCAAGAGGAUCAGGAAGUACCCCAGCUCGUCUUCCAACGCAACAAGAGAUCCAUCCUCAGCGCCCCUUCUGCCUCUCAGUUCAGCGAAUCGCUCGUAUCACAAUGGGCCGGCUUCGAGCAAGAGGAUUCAGGCGAAUGGGAAGAGACCUGGGCUUCUCGUCGAGACAGCAAGCCCAAAGGUCCAGAAGCGCUGGCCCUCGACAUCACCUUCCCCGGGUACACGCACCUUUUUGGCCUCCCCGAGCAUGCCUCGCCUCUUUCCUUGCGCUCCACAAGGGCUCCUAUCGGACUCGACGCUGCUCAGGAUGAAGAGGGUCGCUUCAACGAGCCAUAUCGACUCAUGAACACCGACGUCUUCGAGUACGACUACGAUUCCCCCAUGAGCCUUUACGGCAGCGUUCCCGUACUGCAUGCGCAGAGCAAGGACCGUGCUGUCAGCGUCUUUUGGCUCAAUGGUGCAGAAACCUGGAUCGAUCUACACAAGUCCACUUCGUCCACCUCGAAAGCGUCCGGCGUCGACUCUCAUUCGCACUUCUUCUCCGAGUCAGGCAUCCUCGACCUCUUCAUCUUCACCUCUGCAGAUGCACAGACCAACAUGGCUCAUUUCACCAAGACGGUCGGUCGCACCGUGCUGCCCCAGUACUUUGCCAUCGGGUACCACCAGUGUCGAUGGAACUACCUCACCGAUACCGACGUCAAAGAUGUCAGCCAGCGAUUCGACGACGAGGACAUCCCUAUGGACGUCAUGUGGCUCGACAUCGAGUACAGCAAGGAUCACAUGUACGGUGUCUGGGACGAAAAGGCCUUCAAGGAUCCCGAAGCCAUGGUCAAGGCGCUCGAUGACAAGGGGCGCAAGCUCGUCAUCAUCGUCGAUCCCCACUUGAAGCGCACCCGAGACUACUGGCUUUACGCUGAUGCUCAGGACAAGAAGCUCUUGGUCAAAGACUCGGACGGCAAAGGCGAGUACGAAGGCUGGUGCUGGAGUGGAAGCGCCAGCUGGCUCGACAUGUUUGAGCCUGCCAGCUGGCAGUGGUGGGCCGACCAGUUUUCCCUGGCAGGCAGCAAGCUCGCUGGUAAGAUUCGCGCAAAUGCUCGCAACGUGUUUGUCUGGAACGACAUGAACGAGCCCGCCAUCUUCAACGGCCCCGAGGUCACCUCACCCAAGGACGUCAUUCAUGCAGGCGGUUGGGAGCACAGGGAUCUGCACAACAUCAACGGCAUCCUCUUCCACAACCAGACCGCGCGUGGCCUUCGCGAUCGAGAGUUGAACGUGCCUGCGUCGCUCGGAGGUGGCAAAGCGCGCAGACCGUUUGUGCUCUCGCGUGCCUGGUGGGUCGGCACCCAAAAGUACGGUGCCAUCUGGACAGGCGACAAUCUCGGUACAUGGGAGCACCUCGCGGUCAGCGUACCCAUGAUCUUGGCCAACAACAUUGGAGGCAUGAGCUUUUGCGGGGCCGACAUCGGCGGCUUCUUCGGCAACCCCUCACCAGAUAUGCUGGUGCGCUGGUACCAGGCGGGCAUCUUUGAGCCCUUCUUCCGAGCUCACGCGCAUAUAGACACCAAGAGGCGCGAGCCAUACCUCCUGGAAGAGCCGCUCCGAAGUGCUGUGAGGGACCUCAUCAAGCUGCGUUACCAAAUGCUUCCGAUGUGGUACACGGCCUUCAAGGACAAUGCAGUGACCGGAAUGCCUGUGCUGCGUCCCCAGUACCUGAUGUUCCCGGGCCAUGCCGAUGGGUUCCACAUCGACACGCAGUACUACAUCGGUGACUCGGGUCUAUUGGUACGUCCUGCGGUGGACAAGGACGUGGAAUCGGUCCAGGUCUAUCUGGCCGAAGACCGACCGUACUACAACUUCUUUACGCACGAGAUCUACCAAGGAUCCGAAAGCGGACGAAGCGUAACGGUGCCAGCUCCGUUGACCGAACAACUGCCGCUGCUGCACCGCGGCGGAUCGAUCCUUCCCUUGCGAGAGCGCGCGAGACGCGCUGCGGAGCUGGGUCGUUCCGAUCCUUUCACGCUGGUGAUCGCGCUGGACAAGAAGGAACGUACAGGAAAGAGCGGCUCGUCGAAUGUGCUCGCCGAGGGCAGCUUGUACCUGGAUGAUGGACAGACAUACGACUUUGAAGAGGGUCAGUUUGUUUGGCGUCGAUUCGAAUGGACGCGAGACAGAACGUCGGGCACAGACUCUCUGCGCAGCAUCGACGAGGCCACGGUGAAGAUGGCUGACACGCACUUGGUACUCGGAGAUAGCAAGCAGCUUCUCCCAUACCACGACAAGAACGCGUUCGCAGAAUCGAUCAAAGGGGUACGUGUGUCAAAGCUGGUGGUGCUCGGCUUGGAACGCGAGCCAAAAGCGAUCCGGAUCGACGGGAAGCGCGUUGGAGGCCAAACAACAGCCACUGCAGUCGAGUGGGACUGGAAGAGCGGUACGAGUUCAUCGAGCAAAGGCGUUGCCUUCGGACUUGGCUCGAGCAAGGCGUCGGAGCUGAUCGUCAAAGACCCCGGCGUUGCCGUUGUCUCGGACUGGACGGUUGAGUUCGACUUCUGA